UGUGGCUGGCGGCCAGAAAAGAAAAUGGUAUUCUAGGCUUCUAGCACUCUUCUACAGUUCUACUACGUCCAGGUUUUGUGGUUUGUGUUUGUGACCGAGAAAACUGAAGUCUGUGGUUCGCGGGGCUUUUUCGUGUUCCUCUCUCCACAAGCUGGUUCGGAUUCACUCAUGGCUUCAGUAAUGCUUAGUGGAGCUGAAAAUCUUGUGCUCUUAAGUAACCGAAACCCCAUUAAGUUAGGUUUUGUAGGGUCGGAUUUGCACGGGAAGAACUUCCCGAGACUGGGUUUUAUCAGUUCUGCUAGAGUUCCCAGUUCUAGGACCAUGACGCCUAAGUGUAGUCUCUCGGCUUCGAGGCCUAGCUCACAACCAAGGUUCAUACAACACAAGAAAGAGGCCUUUUGGUUCUACAGGUUUCUGUCAAUUGUAUAUGACCAUAUUAUAAAUCCUGGGCAUUGGACAGAGGAUAUGAGGGAUGAAGCACUUGAACCAGCUGAUCUCAGUGACAGAAAUAUGAUAGUCGUAGAUGUUGGUGGGGGCACGGGUUUUACCACAUUGGGAAUAGUGAAACAUGUGGAUGCGAAGAAUGUUACCAUUCUAGACCAAUCACCUCACCAGCUUGCUAAGGCCAAGCAGAAGGAACCACUGAAGGAAUGCAAAAUAAUUGAAGGCGACGCUGAGGAUCUUCCUUUCCGUACUGAUUAUGCAGACAGAUAUGUAUCUGCAGGAAGUAUUGAGUACUGGCCAGAUCCACAACGAGGCAUCAAGGAAGCAUAUAGGGUUUUGAAACUUGGAGGGAAGGCAUGUUUAAUUGGACCAGUGUACCCAACAUUUUGGUUGUCACGCUUCUUUGCUGAUGUUUGGAUGCUUUUCCCUAAGGAGGAAGAGUACAUUGAGUGGUUUGAAAAGGCAGGAUUCAAGGAUGUACAACUGAAGAGGAUUGGUCCAAAAUGGUAUCGCGGGGUUCGUCGUCAUGGCUUGAUUAUGGGUUGUUCCGUUACUGGUGUUAAACCUGCAUCCGGAGAUUCUCCUUUGCAGCUUGGUCCAAAGGAAGAAGAUGUGGAAAAGCCUGUAAACCCUUUCGUCUUCUUGAUGCGGUUCAUUUUGGGUGCCAUGGCUGCCACAUGGUUUGUAUUAGUUCCUAUUUACAUGUGGCUCAAGGAUCAAAUUGUUCCCAAAGGACAGCCAAUCUGAGUCCUGGUUAGCCAAGGGACCUUGUUCAGUUAUUUUGUUCAGCUUUUCUUCAAACCUAGAUUACAUCUGCAACCGAGAAAUGUUUUGAUUUUGUCAUGCCUCACUGGUAUGGUCACUUAAUUUACAGUCACAUACUAGUCUCAACUAGAAAAGCCUGAAUACUGCUGCAUGCUUUUGCUAGCCAUAUUCUAUGAGUAUCAAAUUGCACUCGACAGGGAUUAGAAACCUUGGAGCGUGGGUGGGUAACCGAUAAAUGCAAUAAAUUGAACUUGAAUAUUUCUUCUAAA